AUGGCCGAAGCCCUGGCCAUCUUGGGCUAUCAGGCUGUUUACCAUGGACUUCGCUUAAAUGACAGCCCGAGCGACCAACGCAUCCUUGGUCGCGCAGCCGAAGCAACGUUCUCGGUCCUUCCCACAUACACGGGGCGGCCAAUAUUCGGGUCUUGCGAGGCUGCCACGGACAUGGCCGCCGUCUUCGCCCCUCAGCUCAUUGGGGUGUAUCCCAAGGCCAAAGUCAUACUCGUCAUACGGGACUUUGAAGCAUGGUCUGCGAGCGUCGAAGACGUCAUCUUCAAGUAG